UAUCCGAGAAGCUCAUGGGAGACCCGGAUGAUGUGAAACGCUGUUUUAGCCGAGUCAGUCCGUGACCAUGCUGGCUGACACAGAAGGUUCGUGUCCGUUUGUAGAGGACAGUUUUAGCCGCUUUCCGUCUCAGAGUAACAUCUACGGGUUGUGCCAGGCGGGGGAGCACGGGCUGCUGGCUGCCACUCUGAAAGGGAAAGUGGUGUGUUUCAGAUAUCAAGACCUGCAGCAAAAAAUCCGACCUGUGGCUAAAGAGGUGCAGUUUACCUACAUACCGGUUGAUGCUGAAAUCGUGUCUAUCGAUGCGUUUAACAAGUCUGCCCCGAACAGAGGCCUGGUGGUGGGAAUCACCUUCAUCAAGGACUCGGGUGAUAAAGCCACACCGUUCCUGAACAUCUACUGCGAGUACGAGCCGGGGUCAGAGUUCAACCUGGAGUCCAUUGCUCAGAGCUGCCUGAACCUGGAGCUGCAGUUCACUCCGUUCCAGCUCUAUCACACAGAGGUGCAGUACAAUGAGGGUCAGAGAGAGACUGUGUUCCUGCUCAGUGGACACGAUCAGCGCAUACACCUCUAUACAGAAAACGCUUCACUGCACCAGUUUGAGGAGCAGCCAGUCAAGCGCUUUUUCCCCGAGCUGACCGAUCUACCCAGCAAUGUGUUGUGGAUGAACGUUUUGAGUAUCGAAGGCGGUCGUCGGCUCACAGCGUUCGGCUGUCAAAACGGCUGCGUGGGGCUUGCGCUCGUCAACCAGAGAGGACCUGAAAUCCUGCAGAGUUGGCGUUUGCAGCAGGACAGUCCCAUAUCCACAGUGUUACUCUUCCCUCUAAAGGUGGCAGCACAGACCAGCAGCACAGAUGGUGUGUAUGUGUGUGUGUGUGUGUAUGUAUGGCAAACCGUUGCCCAUGACGUAAUGUCACAUGUCCGACUGGUGAUGAUUGGUCAGAGCAGAGACCUCGCUUCUGAUUGGUCGAAUUCACUGAGCGCCCGUCUCCAACCCGGAUGUUUUGUAUCCGAGAAGCUCAUGGGAGACCCGGAUGAUGUGAAACGCUGUUUUAGCCGAGUCAGUCCGUGA